UCUCCACCAGUGCGUUACUAUUACCAAUGAUAGUGCACUUCUUUAACUCCCUUGGUCCAUAGUCUGCACGUGUCUGUCACCCGAAGUGGAUAUGGCUGCGAACCGGGUCGGGAGGAGAUGUAACAACAAAGUCCAUUCCCCGAGUAGGGGUCCAGGUAGGGACCCGGGGCUUAGCUUGCAGAAGAGGCAAGCACGGGUCACGGUAAAGUACAACAGAAAGGAGCUCCAAAGACGCUUGGAUGUGGAGAAGUGGAUUGACUGUAGUCUGGACGAGCUCUAUGUGGGCAGGGAGGAGGAGAUGCCAGAGGAGGUGAACAUUGACGAGCUGUUAGACCUGAAGAGUGACGAGGAGAGAACGCACAGGCUCCAGGAAAUGUUUCACACCUGCAAUAACACAGAGGUUUUCAUCAAGGAGCUGGUGUUGAAACUCCACGGGCUGCAGAAACAGGAGGACCUCCACAACGAUGGCAUCGAACAACCCCAGCUACACAUCUUCCCCAACCGGCAAGACUCUGCAGACCGAGAGGUGAUCUGAAGGCCCUGUUAUGUUACCCUUCAAACCCAGCACCCCAUUCCCCAGCCCGAUGUCAUGGACCUUUUCUGAAAAACAUGCAUAACAUUGAGUCUUGCGGGUCUAUACACUUUGCGCUACACACUGUCAAAUACACAUUAAACAGCUAGCCAGAUCUGACCACUUAUCAGAAACAUUGCAGACACCUUAUCUGUCCACACACACACCACAAUGCACAGGCAGUCCACGCAACAUUUGGACCUGUACAAUGUCAUAUGAAUUAUGUUUUAUUUUUGUUAACUUAUAAAGUGUCUGAAUUGUGUGAAACAGGCUGCUUCUCUGUUGGGUCGCUACUGCUACUUGUGUUCUGUGUUUCCUCGAAUUGUUCUGCUGUUCUAUCUUUUUGUCCCGUACAUUGUAUAAUGCUUUUAUUGGAAAACCCAUGAAGGUAUCAACUGUUGGUCUGUGUCUUAUGUUGUGAGAUGCACCUCUGAUUCUGUUUAGCUCAUAAACCAUAGUCAAAGAGUCCAGCAACAUACUGUAGAUACCAGUGUCAGUCUGAAGGUAAGAAAGACCACUAAGCUUUCAUAUAUCCCAAUGGGUUAGUCAAUGGUACCUGGCUACAAGCAGGCCUACCAUCUUUUCAAAUUGUAUCCAUCAACAUGAGACAAUAGUUCAUGUGGUCAAGUGGAAGAAGAAAUCUCUCUCUCUCUAUAUAUAUAUAUAUAUAUAUAUAUAUACUGUAUAUAUAUUAAAAGGGGGAGAAAUAUUGUGUUGUGAUAUUCCCAAUGAUUUUCAUGACCGUAUACAUAAAGCUACAAAGGAUA